AUGAGCUAUUCGAAGGACGAAAACUAUAAGGGUAUUUCCAAAUCGAAAUAUCCGCAGUCCCUGAUAAUGGAUGUGUCUAGGUCAUAUAUGAACAAGCAAGAUAGAAUAAAUGCAGUAAAUUUAUAUAUUCAAAAGUCUUCAUACAAUGCUCAGUUUUUACAAGAAGAUGAAGAAGAAGAAGAUGAAAGUGAGAGUGAAACAUUAGGUGAUAUAAUAAUAAGAAUUUUGUCUAUUAUAUUUCCUGAUUUAUCACCUUGGCUAUGGUUUGUUAUACAUUUUUUUAUGAACCUGGUAAUUCUUUGUGUUAGUUUAAGUUCAUUAUCAGAACCGAAUACGCAUGAUCCUAUAUCUGAACCGAAAUAUAAUAGGGGAUUUAUUUUUGGAAGUAUAUAUUGUAGUUUUUUAAUAUUAAGUAUUAAUAUAGCUUCCUUUUCGAUAAUUAUGAUUAUUCAUGCACUUGUUCAGAAAAUAAUAUUUGAAAAGUUGUUACAGCCAAGUGCAUUAUGUGCUGCAUUUUACAAUACUGUAGACCCAGAACUAGUAUAUCUGUUAUGGUCAUCAGCUCAAAUAAUAUAUUGGCGUAGUAAUAUGGUUUUAAAAAAUGGUGUGAAUGAUAAUGGAAAUUAUUACGUGUUAAGAAUUUUUGGAUAUAAAGAUGAACAAAAUCCAUUUAUAUUUUUAAACAGCGUCCACUGGCUAAUUACAUUCCCUAUAUUAUUAUAUAUCGUAUUUGCAGCACGUUUACUUUUUCUUUCUAUCAUAUCUUUUAUUUUUGAAUUAGGUUUUUUAAUGAAUGCCCAUGAUUUGUUAGGUCGGUAUUUAAGGAAAUAUGGUAUAUUACGUAAAUUUAAUAUUGAAUGGUUUAUGUUUGUAGCUGAUAAACAAGAAACUAUUAGAUCUUUAUUUGGAUAUGAAUUAUAUCAAGAUGAAAGGAUUAUUAGACAAAUUGAAACCAAUGAUAUUAGUAAGAAGUUCAUACAAGAAAAAGCAGAAUUAUUGUUAUUUAAAAAUUUGCCUAGAAAUUGUACAUGUUGUAAAAUAACAAUGAAUAAUAAAAAUAAAAAAAAUGCUAUGAAAUUAUUAUUACCACCUAUUUUUGAAGCUAAAAAUAUUGUCAAGUCCGAAACUUCUUCUAUUAAAAAUUGGUUAGCUUGUCAUUAUGUGGUUAAUACAUCUCCUCUUAUUUUUUUAUUAAAUAAUAGUAUUGCCUUAACAAAUAAAAAUGCAGUUAAGAGUGCAAGUGAAAUAUUGUUUAGGCAAGUUAUCAUGUCAUUGAAAAUGUAUUACCAGGAAAAAAAUGAUACAUAUGCAUUUACUGGUACUCCAAUGAAUAAUAAUAUUUCAUCCGACGAGUUUUCACCCAGUAGAAAUAUGUUAGGCUUACAUUUACAUAAAACGUCCAGUGCACAAACAAAAAAGAGCUCUUUUCUUUAUAAUAAUAAGAAUGCAAUAAAUAAGUUGGACCUGGAUAGCAAGGCACAUACAAAAAUUAACCUAGAAAAUAUUUUUAAUGAUAUCGAUCAGGAUGCGGUCAAAUGUGAAGAUAUCAGGGAUGGACAUACGGACAGGGGUGAAGCACAAGGAGAGGCACAUCAAUCGGUACGAGCAAAUGAACCCCAAUCCAUGAACAGGUCUAAAUCUAAAGCGAAACGUAAGUUUAAACCCAAGAGGAGCGUAAGGAAUAGCAGUAGAGGUACGUCCCCUCAAGUAGUUAAAUUGGAGGAAACAAAUGAAAAUAGAGAAGGUAGUAAGGAAGAUAACAAAUUAGCUAUGUUAAAGGGUAAGCAGCAUACUGAUCAGAUUAGUACUCAUAAUAGUGGUAAUCUGAAGGAAAGCGGUGCUGAUAUAGAUGAUCAGGGUGAACAUUGUGAAGGUAACCUUGGUGCUGGUAAGUAUGGUGGUGAUAAUUACGGUGGUGAUAAUUAUGGUGGUGAUAAUUAUGGUGGUGAUAAUUAUGGUGGUGAUAAUUAUGGUGGAGUGGUUCGAAACGAAGACUGUGAGCAGCGACCCAUUUAUGUAGCGAGUUCAAACAACAAAAGAAAAAAUGCCAUAGUGAAAGACACGAAAGAAGAAAACAAAGGAGGAGGUUUAAACAAUUCUGGGAAAGCUCACGUGAGGGAAGAGGAGAACGCAUGUGCAUUAAAUACAUCAAACGUGUCAAACGUGGAAAAAACAUCGAGUAUUUCGAGAAUAACGAGAAUGAAUGACCAUAUGGAUCAUUCGGAGUUGGUACAGAUUAGCAACACUGACGGUAGGGGUGCAAUAAAUGCAGUUAUAAGCAGAAUGGAGAAGGGGGGAAGUGAUAAUGAUACCAAAAGGGCCAUACAUGUAGAAAAUUUUGUUGAAAAAGGGGAAGGAAAUAUAGGAAAGAAGGUGGAUCCAGAUGCGAAUGGUAAGAUUGAUAAGAAUGAUACACACGAUAACGAUGAUGGUAACGAUAAUUCGAAUAAAGCCUAUUCGAAGAUGAGGAGAACCCAAUUUAACAUACGCAUUACCCCGUCUUUAUCAGGAAUAAUAAGUGAGCAAAAGGAUAAGGAGAUACAUGGAGAGAAGGGUUACAAUAGCGAAGCGAAUGACAAAUAUGCUUUUGAGGUUGGACCCAGUGUUAGUGCUACAGCCGGUGGUGCAGGAGGUACUGGGGCUGACAUUAAUAACGGUAAGGAAGAGCGGAAUUUCUACCCAAAUCUAGAAAAUUACAAAAGUAUGAAGGUGCAAAUAAAGGAUCUCUCUAUUGAGGAUGUAUUGAAAAAAAAAUAUACAUCAGACUCUUUGCAUAAUAGGGAAAUGGAAAGGAAAGAAAAUGGAAGUAAUGAUGAGGGUAAUGGUAGUGAUGUUGGUGAUAGAACCGAUGGAGGUGAUGAAGUUCAUGUGGGCUUCAUAAAUAAGGGAUGUAAUGGUAGUACAAAGGGUAGAGUUAAAAAGUGCUAUAGGAUGUGCGAUUACGAAGAGAGUGGUGCUGGGGGAGGGGGAAAAAACAGUAGAGUAGUGUUCAAUAAAGAGGGAGUAUUAGGCAGUUCUUUAUUACCUACAGAUAGAGAAAAAACAAAAAAUAAGGGAAGUAACAUAAUAAUAGAGAGUACAGCAAACAUGCUAAAUGAUACUAAUAAUAAGGAAUCAACUGUCAGAGAUGCAAACAAUUCUAACAUAAUGUAUUAUCCUGAAAGGAGAAAAAAGAAUAUGGUAAAUGAGACGAGCAAAAUUAGUAAAAAAAUGAAAAAUAAAGGAUCAGGAAAUAAUAAAAACACCUAUUUUUAUCACUCGCAUUUAUUAAACGAAGAAAUGAAUCUAUUAGAACGAAGUGAUGCUAUAAAUGUAAAAAGACUUAAAGAAAAUAAAAGAAUGAAUAUACGUAGUUGCUUAUGUUUAAAGAGAAAUAAAAAAGAAAGAUUCAGUAGAAUUAAAAAAGAUAUAUCCUUAGAAAUAGAUGAUCCAUUUAUUAUGAACGUUACUAGGCCAAUGCAAUUAAAUAUAAAUGGAAAUGAAUAUGUAACAAAAGAUAUGAUUGAAGUGUUUUUAAAACCUGAAGAUGCAGAUGAAUUUAUGAAAGAAUUUGAUUUAUCUGGUCAUGGUAAAAUUGAUAUUAUUAUGUUUCGAAAUGCAGUAAUGAGAGCUAUAACAUGCCGAAAGAAAUUUAUAAAAAGUUUAAAAGGUCAAGAGAGUAUAUUAAAAUUGGUUAGAAGAUUAAUGUCUAUUUUAUUAUCUUUUCUUGCUUCAGUUGUUUUAUUAUUUAUAUUUGGUGUAUCUGCUGAUACUAUUAUAGUUACUGGAGCAGCAUUUAUAACAGCAGUUACAGUUAUAUUAAGUUAUAUGUAUACAAAUUUUAUUACAUCCGUUAUAUUUAUUGCUUUUUCAAAUCCGUAUAAUAUAGGAGAUAGAAUAAGACUUGAUGGAGGAGAGGCAAUGUAUAUUAAAAAAAUAAAAACAUAUACCACUGAAUUUGAAACUACGACUGGAAAAAUUGUUAUAUAUGAAAAUUCAAAAUUAAGUAAUGCUAAAAUAUAUAAUGAAAGUAGAUCCAAAAAUGCAUAUAUAGAUAUAGCUUUUAAGGUAGAUAUUAAUACCCCUCUACUAGCUCUAAAGGAAUUAAGAAAAAGUUUACAAUUCCUAGUUGACAGUAGACCAAGUGAUUUUUGCAAAACGAAAAAUCUAUAUUUUGGUUAUUCAUUACAACCAGGUCAUUUUUAUGAAAUUAGCUUUUGGAUCAAAUGUGUUGAAGGAUGGGGUAACUGGAGAAAGGUGUUUGAGUUAAGAACCGACAUAUAUGACUUUAUAAUUCUACAAUUAAGACUAUUAAAUAUAUCCUAUAGACUCCCAACACAGAAAGUUGGAUUUACCGCUCCUCUUAACAUUAUAGACACUAAUAGUACUCAUAACAACAGCGGCGUUAAUAAUAAUAUUAACACUGUUAAUAGUAAUGUUAACAGUAACGUUAAUAAUAAUAUCAAUAAUAAUAAUUUAAAAAUAAAUAGAAACAAGCAAUACGACUAUUCGUCGCCCCCCAAGGAAGGUAGAAACCAGCUUUUUAUGCCAUCUGCUAGGCAUAAAAGAGAAUUCGGUUCAUUUCAUUAUGAAAAGAGUGGAAGGAUGUUCCCUCAACAUGAUAAGUAUUAUAGAGAUAAUGACAACUGUUCUGAGAAUAGAAUGACUCAUAACGGAACAAACAACACCGUUAUCAGAUUUUUUAAAGAACGGUCCAACAACUUUUGUGCUGAUAAUAUCAAUGACUAUGCUCGAUUGUACAGAAGACGGGGGAGGGAAAAUGCCAAAAGUGCACAAGGAUAUACAAAAAAUGUAGCGCACGAAUGGACCCAUAAUCCAAAAUUGGACCUGCACAAGGAUGAUGAAUUCCUGAAGAGCAAUUUCGACAUGCAGACCGAGAGUUAUAGAAAUAGGUGCGCUAGAAAUAAUACUUCUAUGCCUAAGUUUGUCACUACCACUGCUAUGGAUGCUAUCACAGCUACUGAUGCUACUACUGUUAAUACUAACAUCAGUACUAAUCAUUCAAACGAAUUAUUUUACUCAUCAGAUGACGUUUGUACGCUCUCCAUAUCGGAUGAAGCUAUUAAAAAUGAUAAAAUGAAUAACCCACAAAAUAACUGGAACAAAUGUAAUAGGAAUUCUUAUUACAGCAAUUAUGAUAGCGUUUUAGACCACAACAAAUAUAAUAUGUAUUAUGCCGCUGUUCCACGGAAGAAAAACUCAAAUGGAUAUGACAACCUGGAAGUUAGUCAAGUAAGGAUAGAACAAAACGACAUAUAUGUCUGCAGGGAAAAUACAGUAGCUGAUAUAAUUUAUCCCACUUAUAACAGUAACAUAAAUGAUGAUAUUGCUUAUUGUAAUAAUGCACGAAACCCACCUAAUACCAUACAUAAUUAUGAACAGCCAUUACAAAUGAAUGACAAUGAAAAUGAUGAUAUCUCUUAUGAUAGCUCUUCCGGUUAUGACAGUUUUGAAUGCGUUAAACACUUUUCUAAUCUUCAUAACCGAAAUCAAAGAUUUACAAAUAUGGGCAAUGUGAAAAAAAUUCCACAUAAAAAUAGUUUUAAUAAAAAAAUAAAAUAA